GCGCAACAGUGAUUUCGGCCUCUUACCAGCGAACACGUCAAUAUCCCCAAAUUGGCAUCCAUUUGUCAAAAUCCAAGCACUCCAAAACCCUAGGUAGGUUGUCCAUACCUUCAAGCAUCACAUGGUAUAAAACUCUGUGUGAUUUCGUGUGUAUGAGGUGAUGCAUACACAUUUUGCGCGUGAAAGGGAAAUGCUUGGUGCGAUCAAGCUCGAUGCGUGCUGAAUUGAUCGAAGGUCUGAUUGUGUAAUGGCGUCGUCGUCGGAGUUCAUGGCUUCUUCGACAUCCUGCGAUUCGGAUCACAAGCGCAAGCUCUCGGUGUGCGCUUCCACCUCCUCGACUGUAGAUUUCCUUAGGAUUGAUAGCGGCAGCAAUGAUUUAGCCUCCGGUUCUGGAUUUUUGAGCAAUGCUCGUGUGAGAAUAAGUUCCGCUGCGGAGAGUGGUUCGAGUACGUUGCUGAAUGCGGAGAUCACGCGUCUAGACGCGGCUGGGGCGGUUACUCCGAUUAGCGAUGGAGAGAGGGAGCCGCCGAAGACGGCUAGGAAAACGGUGGAUGAUGUGUGGAGGGAGAUUGUGGCGGGGAAAAAGUGUGAGAAGAAGCCAAAGGAAGAGAUGAUGACUCUGGAGGAUUUUUUGGCCAAGGCCGGUGAGGAUGAGGAGGACGCGGACGCAGAAGCGGACGAGGAUGCGAAGAUAAGAAGUGUGGAGGUGAAGGAGGAAGGCUUAAGUGGAAGGUUUUACAGUUUCGAGAGUGGUUCGGGUGUGAUAGGAGGGGCACUGAGUGGGGGUUUGGAUGUUGGGGGUUUGGGUCGAGGGAGAGGGAGGAGAAGUUUGAGUUUGUUGGAACCCAUGGAUAAGGCGGCGCAGCAAAGGCAGAGAAGGAUGAUCAAGAACCGGGAGUCUGCGGCUAGGUCUAGAGAGCGUAAGCAGGCGUAUCAAGUGGAAUUGGAGUCAAUGGCAGUGAGACUGGAGGAAGAAAAUGAGCAGCUGCUAAAAGAAAAGGCAGACCGGACAAAGAAGAGGCUUAAGCAGCUUAUGGAGAAUGUGAUUCCUGUGGCGGAGAAGCGAAGGCCACGACGGUUGCAGAAAGUUCGGUCAAUCUAGUGAUGAGUGUUUUGGGUGACAUAGGGAAUUCCAGAAACAGUAUUAGCUGAUGCUGUGAGGUUUCUUUAGCAGUGGGAUAAGGAUUAAAUGGUGUGAUGAAGCAGAGUAGAGAGAGAGAGAGACUGGACAAAGUGGUGGUAUAAAUUUAGAAAUACAAAAGAUAUAUCUGAAUCAGAGGCUGUAUUAUCAUGUUGUGUGUUAAGUUAUUGAUCCUCCUUAACAUUGAGUUCCAACUAAGAGGAAUAGAUAGAUUAAUUGUACCAUGUAAAUCAUCUGAGGCAGAAUAAGAAAUAUCACUAAAAUAAGUGAAUGUUACCUUUUGUUUUUUCA